AGCGGCCGACGCGCUGUCUGAGCUCCAGUCCGGUCACGGCGUAAACACCUCCAUUCAGCAUCUUUGAGCAUUUUUACAUCCUGCGGUGAUACCCAUCUCGCUGCACACCCCCCUCACAAUCCGUCCGAUUGUCCACCGACUCCAUUGUGUACCUGUCCAGCAUGUCGUUGAAGGUCCAAACCAGUAAUGUGACAAACAAGACCGACCCCAGGUCAAUCAACUCCCGGGUGUUUAUUGGUAACCUGAACACGGCGGUGGUGAAGAAGUCGGAUGUUGAGAGCAUCUUCUCCAAGUAUGGCCGGGUGCUGGGCUGCUCCGUGCACAAGGGCUAUGCCUUCAUCCAGUACGCCAGCGAGAGGCACGCCCGGGGGGCUGUGAUUGGAGAGAAUGGCAGGGUGUUGGCUGGACAAACGCUGGAUAUCAACAUGGCAGGAGAACCGAGGCCAAACAGACCUAAAGGCCUGAAGAGAUCAGCGGCUUCUCUGUACAGUGGCUACGAGUUUGACUAUGAUUACUACAGAGAAGACUUCUACGACAGGUUGUUCGAGUACCGUGGUAGGGUGUCUCCAGUCCCUCGAGUGGUGCCCGCCAAACGCCCGCGGGUGGCCGUGCCCCUGGUACGGCGGGUCAAAUCUCUGCCCAUCAAACUGCUGACACGCAACGCCUCCGUCAUCACCACCACCAACGGAAACAAACAGAAAUCAGCUAAAGGCACGGAGCUCCAGGCCAUCAAGUCGGAGCUGACGCAGAUUAAAAGCAACAUCGAGGCUCUGCUGGGCCGGCUGGAGCAGAUCACAGAAGAUCCACACAUUACCACCACAGAUCUGAUUAAGGCAGAGGAGUGUGCGAGCGAGGAGGCGUGGCAGGAAGGAGAGGGGUCAAGUUCAGAGCUGGAAGACGAGGAGGAACAGAGACCAAACAGUGAAGUGGAAGAGGAGGAGGAGGAGGGAGAACACAGGCAGGAUGAUACCCACAACCACAUGGAAAACAGUCGUCUUUCAUCAGAGAUGGAUUCCAUUCAUCCAUGAUAGGAGCUGUCGAGGAAGAAAGGAACUGAAGGAGAGAGAGAUGGAGUUGUGGGAGGACAAUAGAGGAUAUCAGCACAGGAAGGCCAUCAAACAGCAGGGACUCACAGACGCAUACAUGCUCACGCAGACUAAACUUUUACAGACAACAAAGUAGAGAUACAGACUUGUCCAAGCCGCAGGAAAAUACUAAAACAGCGGGGUACUGCCAAAACACAUCAUUAACAGAUGAGUUAUAUGUACACACCCACACACACACACACACACACACGCUCAGAACAAAGAAAUCACAGAGCAAUGGAGACUGGCUCAGCUCUGUGUCAAAACCACAGGGGGGUUGUAAAAACAGCAGGCUGUUGUCAAUACACAAUUUAAACUGGUCUCACACAAACGCAUGCUCUAACGUGGAAGAUCUGUGCAGAUGACAACAGGCAUGUUUGGGAAAGCUGGAGAUGAUCAGCUCGUUUGCUUCCUCACGGGGCUUGAAACACGGCUGAAUGGGGAACACAUGGCGACCGAGUUUCACGCUGAUUAAAAAAAUAAACAUCUCAGCUCCAAACCCUGCACAUUUUAAAGAAGUUUAAAUUCCACUUAGGAACAAAUUCCGAAAGGUGACUGACGACACAAGCCGCUGGCGUGAGACGCAACUAAUGUCACGACUUUCUUUUUUAUUGUUUAUGUCUUAGUGGCAGAGAAUUAAAUCGUAUUCGGCCAUAACACAAAGUAGGACGGCCUCUGCGUUGCUACACAGCAGCUCGGGUGCACGUGAAAAAUUGUGAAAUUUGUCUUGGCAGUCAUUUUUAAACAUGUGGUCCACGCCGCUAAAAUCUAAUUUCCCAAAAGUUUGGGGAGCCUAAGUAAAUAAAGAACAUACCCUGCCGUGAGUUAAACCAUUUAGUUAAUUUUAUUGAGAUGAUAACUGUGCGAAUACUUAAAUUCAAACUGGUACAAAAAAAACAUGUAAUGGGGGAAAAAGUUAUUGGAUCUAAGUGUGGUUUUAACUCCCACUCGUGCAGUUGGUGGUAACUCUCAGAGGCUGGAAUUGAAGUGAAAUGGACGUCGUGUUUCUUUGCUCUUGAGGAUAUUUCACCUUCCACAUGAAAGGAAACGCAGAGGUGUCCUCUGUCUCUGACUCUUAUAACCUUUAGAAGAUUUACACCACCCGCUCUUGCAUAAACAGAAGCAAAGGCCUUCGGUUUGUUUUUUUUUUCUGGGGGGGCGGGGGGUUGGGUUACCAUAGCAACCAUGUGGACUAAGGAACGAGAGGAACUAGUCAAAAAAAAAAAGACCAGAUUCAGAUUCUAAUUGGACGUCCCAAAGUCGGACUGGAUGAACAGUCGCUUUUUGAUUUUGAUUUGAUUUUUGAUUUUUUCUUCCUUUAUUAGUCCCACAACAGGGAAAUUCUUUCUUUCUUGAUAGCAGGACUUAUUAUUAAUUAUUGAUCAAAAAAUGCUUGAUCGAGUUUAUAAUAUUAUUUAAAAAAAGCAAAAAAAGUCAUUUUUAUUCAUUUUGAAAGCUUUACCUCAACAGUGAAAAAACAAAACGAUCUGUAAUUAAGCUUUUUUCAAAACAAUCGAAAUUUAGUGUCCAAAUAAUAAAACCACCAUUGAGUGGUGGUUGGAAAAUGCCUGGGAACAUUUCUUUUGGAAUGAUAAUUCGUGUUUUUCAGUUGCAUCCUUUUAUUUUAUUAUUUUCUCUGCUCAUCAUUUGACUAUUGAUACUAUUAUUCCCGCUGUAGACAAAUAAAACUGGGAGUAAUUUGUUCACAUUCACAACUUUCACAACCUCAACAGUAAAAACAAUCUGUGGUUUUGUACAUUUUAACGAAACUAUUAUUUACCUGAUUGUUCGCUUCAGUUUCACAUUGCUCCAUGAUGCCAGCCAUUUAAGAUUUUUCUGUACAAAGAAACUUAAGAAACUUUAUUUUCUUUUUCUAAUAUGUUUUUGGUUGCGUGGUGAUGUUUGAAUUCCAGCUGCUUCGUGUGGUCAGAGGCUUCGAGUGAGCGACCAUGAACAUGUCAGAUACAUGAGUCCAAGUAAAUGUGCUGAGUAAAACUGCUUUAUGUUGCAAGUGUUUUCCUCUGGAAGUUUGUGUUUUGGGUUAAAAAAAAAAUGGACUUUGGCUUUGUUGAUCAUGUGAUGAAAAGACCCCUCCUGUUCAUUUCCACUCCUCAAAAUUUAAAUAUUUCCUUUAUUCUGUCUCAAGUGUUGAACUUUUUUCAAUGUUUUUAUCAGGCACCUUUGAGUCUUAAUUUUUAGAUUUUUCUUGCUUUCUUCCUUCAUUUCCUACCUACUUUCUCUUUUCCUGUUGUGAUGUAGACCGACGCAGAAACACGAGGUUUCCUUAUAUUUUUCAUCUUUUCUCUGCCUGUGUUUUUCUUUGUGAUCCGAUGGGAAGUCGAUGCAUUAACUUAAUUUAUAAACGAUGGAUAAGGCGUUCACAUGAACCCAACUGACCGAACAACAGAGCAUUUUCUUCAGAGCAGGAGAAGAACAUGCUCCCCGACCUCCAACAAGCGCCUUGGAUCACUGUAGGAAUGUGUCACAUCUACAUGUUGUGUAUUGUAUCAUGUUUUAUGAUACGAUCUUGGUGAAUAAUCAUUUCUAACAAACUGUAUGUACUUUUGUCCUGGUAAUGAACACCUAAAAACCUGAACCAGAUCUUAAUGCGUCUGUCUUAACCUUUGGCCUUCGGUGGCUGGAGACGACUCCAUGUUGGACAUCCAUUGACGUUUUUUACAGUCUGGUUUACAGCAUUGUAAACACAUAUGCGUGUACUUUUUAAAAAGAAGGGUUUUCCUUCUUUUUCCUCAAAUUCCAGUCCUCACGAGUCUCAUCUCAGAGUCUACCCACAUGGAAAACCACAACGGGAUGGUAUAGUUUCCUUUAUCUUGUACACGGCCGGACAGUAAAUACAAACAGGGGCCAGGUUCAACUGUCUUGCAUGCAUACCUUACUUUGAUUGAUUCAUUUAUUUAUUUAUUUUCAUUUCAUUCCUGUGGCCCUGCAGUUGACUUCUUUAAGACUCCAGCACAUCCCCGUGACUUAGUGCUGGGCGAUAUGGACCAAAAGUCAUA